AUGGUGGAGGAGUAUGAAGAUGACUUUGAUCGAUUUUGCCGCAUUGGAAUGGGCACGGGGAGUGAGUACUCACCGAUUCGACCCAUUAAUCGAGACUUUCUUGCUGCUCCCACGGACCUAUGCCGACACCGUGCUGGCAGUCUUCGUGAGACACGACACCGAUUGCAUCAUCGUUAUGACGGUGCUGCAACACGUGGGAGAUUUGCAAGAACUACAACUACUGAUGAUUUUAAUGUUCAAGGCGAAUCUGCAUAUAAUCUACGCCGACAUUCACUUGCACCCAGUAUUCAGAAUUUGCGCCCUCGUGCAUCCCCUCACUAUCCCAGCGAAGACAUAUCUGAUGAUCGCUCUAACCCGAUGCGCACCUUUACACCAAUACAACAGAUCUCUCCUCCACCACGAAACGGCAGCUCUGGAGGUGUUUGUCCUCCUCCGAUUAACGUCUACCAUGAAGUUGACUCACCUGGCCGCCGUGGAACGAACGUAGUCCGAGUACGUUCCUUCAGACGCACAAAGACGGGGGUUGUAGACGAAACAGAGAAGAAACGACGCCUUUCGCAGGAAGUUCCAACACCAAUUCGGAAGACAAGUAAGACAAGAAGUUUAAAGGCUCCAUCUGGGGAGCUAAAACUCUCUGAUCGAUGCGAGACGGCAAGGUCGAUUCGAAGGCGAUCCUUCACAGACAACUCCUGGUUGGGCAGCAGCAUUACUAACAGCGCAACGAAUGUAACCAACAUCAACAAGCUUGCUGCUCCUGAGGGUUCGGUGGUCAUAAAUGGACUCCUGGGCCAUGCGACCGAAACCUACAAGGUUCAGGUGUUGGGAGCUGACCAAGUAGGCAAAACCACAAUGUGCACCCAAUUUCUCACCUCAGAGUCCCUGGAAGCAGGAUAUGACACAGCUAAUCGCGGGAAUGUGCUUGAAACAAUCACAGUGGAUGUUGACGGACAACAGACAAGUCUUCUACUCAUUGACAGUGACAGCUACGAACAUCCAAAUUUCGCGGUGAGUAUUCGAAACGAAACAAUAUAA